AUGGAUAGCCUCUGUGCAGCAAAUACCACUUUUGCAGUUAACCUCUUAAGAAAGCUGUGUGAGAAUAAAAGCAGGCAGAAUCUGUUCUUUUCUCCUUUUAGUAUUUCUUCUGCUUUGUCUAUGAUUUUGUUGGGUUCAAGAGAAAACACCGAAGCCCAAAUAGCAAAGGUGCUUUCUCUGAACAAAGCUGAGGAUGCUCACAAUGAAUAUCAAUCACUUCUCUCUAAGAUUAAUGAUCCAAACACCAAAUACAUACUGAGAACUGCUAACCGACUUUAUGGAGAAAAGACAUUUGAGUUUCUCUCGUCAUUUAUAGAGCUGAGUCAGAAAUUCUACCAUGCUGGACUAGAACAGACUGACUUCAUGCAUGCUUGGGAGGAUUCCAGGAAACAAAUAAAUGGCUGGGUAGAGGAAAGAACUGAAGGUAAAAUUCGGAAUCUGCUGACGGAGGGGAUUCUUGAUUCGCAGACCAGACUUGUAUUGGUGAAUGCCAUCUAUUUCAAAGGCAACUGGGAAAAGCAGUUCAACAAAGAGAGAACAGCAGAAAUGCCGUUCCAAAUUAACAAGACAGAGACCAAACCUGUGCAGAUGAUGUCCAAGAAGGGUAGUUUUAACAUGACCUAUAUUGGGGACUUCCAGACCAAAAUCCUUGAGCUCCCUUAUGUCAGUAACGAACUCAGCAUGAUCAUCCUGCUCCCUGAUGCAAUCCAGGAUGGAUCCACUGGCUUGGAAAGACUGGAAAGAGAACUUACUUAUGAGAAGCUGAUAGAUUGGAUCAAUCCUGAAAUGAUGGACUGUACAGAGGUGCAGGUGUCUUUGCCCAGAUUUAAGCUGGAAGAAGACUAUGAUCUGAAACCCCUCCUGAGCAGCAUGGGAAUGCCUGAUGCAUUUGACUUAAGAAAGGCAGAGUUCUCUGGAAUCUCAGCUGGCAACGAGCUGGUGCUCUCUGAAGUGGUUCACAAGUCCUUUGUGGAAGUCAAUGAAGAAGGCACUGAAGCAGCAGCUGCCACGGCAGGAGUGAUGAUGCUGCGCUGUGCAAUGAUUGUUCCAGAAUUCACUGCGGAUCAUCCCUUCCUCUUCUUCAUCCGGCACAACAAAACUUCCAGCAUUUUGUUCUGUGGCAGGUUUUGCUCUCCCUAAACAGGAGAUGUCUUGGCAGAAGAGCCACCGUUACACAAUAAUUUCUUUUUCUUUAGAA